AUCGAUAAAUGCGUGAGAGUGCUCGCGAAGUGCGGAGGUACCAGGCCGUAGUUCGUUCGUCGGCUCGUCGUCGUCGUCGUCCUCGUUGUCCUCGUUAUCCUCGUCGUCGUAAUCGUCGAGGACUCGUACUGGGUUAGUUAUCGUAAACGCCGAGGACGUCAUCGACAUCCUUCAGUGAAUGCAGUGACGAGGGUUCGAGAAAGCAGAAAAAGAAGAAAGAGAAGAGGCGGAAGUGGAGGUGGUGGAGGAGGAAGGAAGGAAGGAAGGAAGGAAGGAAGGAAGGAGAAGAAGAAGCAGGACAACGGGAGUCGAAAAGGAAAACUACUACUACUACUACACUACUACUAUACUAUACUACUAAUAUUACGUGUGUUAGAGGAGAGGAAGAAGACAGAAGGAAAAAGGAGGACGGUGGAGAAGAGCCAUCAUCGGUGGUGUUGUGUAGUGGCGUGGGUAGUAACCGAAACGCGAAAGGGAGAGGGAGUAUAAGGUACUGCUGGAGUAGAGGUUAUAGCGGGCGCACGAAAGAGAACGUGACUUUGGUGGAGAAAAGAGAAAAGAGAAAAGAGAGGAGGAGAGAAGAAGAAGAAGAAGAAGAAAAAAGAGUUGAGGAGAAGAGAGGGAAGGAGAGAGAGAGAGAGAGAGAGAGACAAAAGAGUCGAAUCGGAGUCGUGGUGAAUCGGUGACGACGCGACGUUCGGAAGAACCGUGAAAAGAGGAAGAAGGAAAGAAAAUAAAUAAUAAUAAUAAUAGAAGAAGAAGAAGAAGAAGAAGAGAGACUUUGUAGAUAUAGGAUAAUAUAAGAGAAAAGGAGACGAAGGAUUCUCGACGCUCGUGGCGUGAUCCUAAAAAACGAACGAGGAUAAAAAUAAAAAUAAGUAGGAAGAGAAAGAAAGAAAGAAAGAAAGAAAGAAAGAAAGAGAAAGAUAGAUAGAUAGAGAGAGAAAGAGAAAGAGAGAUAGAGAUAGAUAAAGGAAGAAGACGGAGAAUAAAGCGCGCGCUGGUUUGAAAUCGCGGUGCAUCAUCGCCGGGCGGGAGUAAGAAAGAAAGAAACAGAGAGAUAGAGAAAGAGAGAAACUCUGAGAGAGAGAGAGAGAGAGAGAGAGAGAGAGAGAGAGAGAGAGAGAGAUAGCGAAGAAGAGAAAGAGAGCGAGAUAGUGAGCGAGGCGCGGAGGUGGCGGCGCCGGCGGCGGGGGAGGGGGUGGAGCGGCUCGCGGCGGGCAGCGAGAGCGGCACGGCUGCUCCCUCGAGCGAGUGUGCGUGCCUAGCGCGCGCGUGUGCUGCUCCUGUUGUUGUUCACGUCGUCCACGUCGAGUGGUGUUCUUCUUCUUUUCUUCGUCGUCGUCGUCGUCGUCGUCAUCGUCGUCAUCGUCGUCGUCGUUGUUGUUGCUGCUGCUGCUGCUGCUACAACUGCUACUCCUCCUGCUGUUAUUGUUGUUGUUGUUGUAGUAGUUGUGCUGGUGGUGGUGGUGGUGGUGGUGGUGCGAGAGUCGUAUUAUCGUGACGAGAGCGAAGUGCCGUGUGUGUUUCUUCUCUCUUCUACGCAACUACAACUAUUCUACUACUACUACUGCUACACACUACUACUACUACUACCAACUACUACUACCUUCUACUACUUUAUUAGCAGAGCUACUAGAAAGAAGCACUACUACCAUCUCUAACAUCUAGUACGCCGUCCUCCUCGUCGUCAUCGUUAUCGUCAUCAUCGUUGUGUCGUCGUCGUCGUCGUCGUCGUCGUCGUCGUCGUCGUCGUCGUCAUCGUUAUCGUCAUCGUCAUCGUCAUCGUUGUCGUCGUUGUUCUUCUUCUUCUUAUCCUCCUCGUCCUUCGCUCGUGGCUCCUCGUGGGAAGCAGUGAAAGAAAGAAAGCCCCCCAGGAUUACGUCAAACCGAGGAAAUAUGAGCAUUGCUGCCCUACUACAGGCCGCCGAGUAUAUUGAACGAAGGGAAAGAGAAGCUGAACAUGGCUAUGCUUCGACGAUGCCGAUACCCGAUGAUAUGCGGACGGUCACAAAAAGGCCAAAAACGAAAAAAUCCCAAGGCAGUAGAACGACUCAUAACGAGCUGGAGAAAAAUAGGAGAGCUCACCUCAGAAAUUGUCUCGAAAAGUUGAAGAUGCUGGUACCCUUAGGUCCUGAAACUUCGAGGCACACUACGUUGGGCCUCUUGACCAAGGCUAAACGUUUUAUCAAAAGCCUGGAGGAACGUGAACGGAAACAUACGGUGCACAAGGAACAACUUUCGCGCGAGCAAAGGUUCCUAAGGCGACGGCUCGAACAGCUGACGAGUCAAACAGGCUUGCAUGGCCUUCAUCAGGGUCUCCAUCAAGGUCUCCAUCACGGACAUGCACUCCAUCACGGACUUCACGGGCACGGACUGAGCUCAUCACCGUUGAGCUCUUCCGCACCUAGCGGAUCCUCUUCCGCUGCGGCCGCGGCUGCAGCAGCUGCGGCACUUCUCUCGAAACGGCGCAGUAUCUCCGAGUGCUCACUCGGCACGGCCUCCUCCACUAGUUCCACUGCAAGCUCCAUGAACUCCGACAGGUCUACUGGCAGUCCAUCCGUCUCGGAGUCCGAUGAAGUGGACGUGAUUGGUUAUACCAGCAACCAGUCGGACACCGAUGACCACAGCAGUGUGCAGAGUAGCAGCGACAGUGGCGUCGCGAUGUCUACAUCCAGGCUGACCCUUUCUGAAAUGAUGGACAAUCUUUAGACAAAGAGGUGGCGCGGUGGCGGCGGAAGAAAGUGGAGAGGAAGUGUUUGAGAGCGAGGAAGCGAAGAAAGGAGGGGAAAAAAAAGAGAAGAAGACGAAGAGGAGAUGGAAGUGGAAGAGGAAGGGAGGAGUUGGAGGUUGAGAAGCUAGAAUAAGAGGAAAAUGUAGGAAAGAUACAGGGUGGUAAAGAGAACAAGAGCGCGAAGAUGUAGAAAAAGAAAAAGAACAAGAAUAAGAAGAAGAAAAAGAAAAAGAAAAAGAUGAAAAUUCUUCGGGUGUAACGGAGAUUGACGGCGUGCGAAGUAUCGGUGCAAAAAUACAUACACAUACACACACAUGCAUAUAUAUAUAUAUAUUAUAUAUAUACACGCAGAAACGAAUAUACAGACAAAAAUAAAGAAAGAAAGAAAGAAAGAAAGAAAGAAAGAAAGAAAGACAUUCAGAUAUAGUAUAACACACAUAAACAUACAUACAUAUAUACAUACACAUAUAUACAUAGAAGGAUGGACACGCGCGCUCGAUCAUUUCUUAUCGAAUGCUUUACGAUUCUCGGAUGGCACAUCGACACAUUGUAUUGAAGAGAAGAUCGUUCAAUUCUGAGAGCGCGUGUGUCGCUUACAUAUACAUACGUGCAGCAAGAAAUGGAGAAGAGGAAGAAGAACAAAAAUGGUUGCUGGUCCCUGCAGUCAUGGGAGCAGUAGAAAUAAGCAAAACGAAGAAAAGUAUGGGAUGAGGAAGAGUAAAAGGUUUAGAGAGGGAUAGAUAAUGUCUUUGGAAAGCGAAGAGGAAGAAGACGAAGAAGAGGAGGAAAAGGAGGAGGAGGAGGAAGAGGAGAAAGAGGAUGAGGAUGAAAAAGAGGAGGAGAGGAGGGUGGUGAGGAAGGCUGCUGGUAACAAGAACGAAAGGACCAUUCUUGUCUCUUGGAAGAACUAGCUUGAAGGAACUAGAGGCUUUUCCUUAAGUGCGAGCGAAGAUUGCGCAGAGUAAAUGUUUCGUGGGAUGAAGAGAAAAAAAGCGAGAUAGAGAUAGAAAGAGAGAGAGAGAGAGAGAGAGAGAGAGAGAGAGAGAGAGAGAGAGAGAGAGAGAGGGAGAGAUGGGGAGAAGUAGCGAAAAGACUCAAGUGUGACGUAGAAAGAGAGAGAGAGAGAGAGAGAGAGAGAGGGAUAUGGAGUGUAAAUUAUCGAGCGAAGUGAAGUAUUGUACAUAUUUUUAAAAGAGCGAGAGAAAUAGAGAGAAUGGAUUUAUUAAGAUGUCUGAUUGAUAGGCGAAGAAAGAGAGAGAUAGAGAGUAAGCGAGAGAGAAAGAGAGAGAGAGAGAGAGAGAGAGAGAGAGAGAGAGAAUGUGUGUGAAAAAGGAUAGAGGAGCGAUGUAACGAAUCGAAAAGUGCAUGUCGAAAGGUGUUUUUCUUAGAGUAACAUGAAGAAUAAAUUUUGUGUGGUCACGGAAAAAAAAAGAGAGA